AUGUGGAGACCUCUUGUUCUUGUACUGGCUCUUCUGCGGGUGCUAAGCCCUGCCAAAGGCCUGGAGUUGGAGCUUUCCGAUUUAAGCUCGCUACAACACGCAACCUCGUUGGUUGCAGAUGGUUUAAUGGACUAUUACGAAGGAUUUCAUUUAGGAGGAACAAUAGGUAUGUUCACCAAUCCUUACUAUUGGUGGCAGUCUGGAGCUGCAUUUGGUUCGAUGCUGGACUAUUGGUGGUACAUGGAAAAUGAUACCUAUCACGAUGCCAUUAUGCAGGCUAUAGUUUACCAGGCUGGAGACAACGCGGACUUUAUGCCUUUAAAUCAAACAACUACAGAGGGAAACGAUGAUCAAGGAUUUUGGGGUAUCACUGCGAUGGCUGCCGUUGAAAGAAACUUCACCAACCCCCCAGAAGAUGAACCACAAUGGUUGUAUCUGGUUCAAGCUACUGUUAACACCAUGUGGGAAAGAUGGGAUCUUGAGCAUUGUAAUGGAGGCCUAAGGUGGCAGAUUUUCCAGUGGAAUGCUGGUUACAAUUACAAAAACACCGUUUCAAAUGCCUGUCUUUUCCAAUUGAGUGCCCGUUUGGCACGAUACACAGCAAAUGAUACUUACAUCACACUUGCUGAAGAGGCCUUUGACUGGAUGUAUGGGGCUGGGUUCCUAACUGAAGGUGAUUGGUGGUUCGUUUACGAUGGAGCAUUUGUGGAUGAUAAUUGUACAGAAAUUGUCAUGUUACAGUGGACAUAUAAUGCAGGGCUGAUGGUGUCUGGGUGUGCAUACCUUGCUAACUAUACAGGCGACGAGAUGUGGUUAGACCGUACCGAAAACUUCCUACAUGGAAUUCAAGUUUUCACCAAUCAAAGUGUUUUCUUUGAAGCAGCAUGUCAAGGAUCUGGAAACUGUAACACGGAUCAAAGAUCUUUUAAAGCUUAUCUAGCGCGUUUCCUUGGUCUUACUGCACAAAUGGUUCCAUCCACUGCAGAAACUAUUAUGAACUGGAUGAAUACAUCUGCGGUGGCAGUAGCUCAAUCAUGUUCUGGAGGUACAGAUGGACACACUUGUGGUAUGAACUGGCUGGCCGAUGGUUGGGACGGCUUUUAUGGAUUAGGAGAACAAAUGUCGGCUCUGGAGACCUUACAAAACACUCGUGCACUUGUCAGACCUGCUCCUUACACCGCACAAACUGGUGGUUCUUCGCAGGGAGAUCCUGCUGCUGGAUUAGGAGUGAAGACGGAGGCUGUGCCACCGUUGAAAUUAACUAAUGCGGACGUUGCUGGUGCCGCCAUUAUCACAGCCAUUAUAGGACUAUCAGUUAUUGCCGGUGCCAUUUGGUUACUCUUAUAG